AAAGAGGGAUGAACCCUCACACCUGAUCCGGGCCUCGGCAAGGCUGCUUCUCGGCGGGCUGUUCUUUGCGACGAAAGCCGCACAGCGUUGGGCGCGAGCGGCAGCGACCAGGCGCGGGGCGAACGGCGAGAGGCCGCCGCGCUCCAUUCACAAAUCUCGGUGGUCCGGGUGCCCGUCGUCUCCUCGGGUGCCCAUCAGCUGCGGUUCCCGGCGACCAUGGUGACGAUGGAGGAGCUUCGGGAGAUGGACUGCAGCGUGCUUAAAAGGCUGAUGAACCGGGACGAAAACAGCAGCGCGGGUGGCAGCGGCAACCACGGCACACUGGGGCUGCUGAGCGGAGGCAAGUGCCUGCUACUGGACUGCAGACCUUUCCUGGCGCACAGCGCGGGCUACAUCCGAGGUUCGGUCAACGUGCGCUGUAACACCAUCGUGCGGCGGCGGGCCAAGGGUUCUGUGAGCCUGGAGCAGAUCCUGCCAGCCGAGGAGGAGGUGCGCGCCCGCCUGCGCUCUGGCCUCUACUCGGCAGUCAUCGUCUACGACGAGCGCAGCCCGCGCGCCGAGAGCCUUCGCGAGGACAGCACCGUGUCGCUGGUAGUGCAGGCGCUGCGCCGCAACGCCGAGCGCACGGACAUUUGCCUGCUCAAAGGUGGCUAUGAGAGGUUUUCCUCUGAGUACCCAGAAUUCUGCUCCAAGACCAAGGCCCUGGCUGCCAUCCCACCUCCUAUGCCCCCUGGUGCCACGGAGUCCUUGGACCUGGGCUGCAGCUCCUGUGGGACCCCACUGCACGACCAGGGCGGUCCCGUUGAGAUCCUUCCCUUCCUCUACCUCGGCAGUGCCUAUCAUGCUGCCCGCAGAGACAUGCUGGACGCGCUGGGGAUCACCGCCCUGCUGAAUGUCUCCUCAGAUUGCCCUAACCACUUCGAAGGACACUACCAGUACAAGUGCAUCCCCGUGGAAGACAACCACAAGGCUGACAUCAGCUCCUGGUUCAUGGAAGCCAUCGAGUACAUCGACGCAGUGAAGGACUGCCGUGGGAGGGUGCUGGUGCACUGCCAGGCGGGCAUCUCCCGCUCGGCCACCAUCUGCCUGGCCUACCUGAUGAUGAAGAAGCGGGUGAGGCUGGAGGAGGCCUUUGAGUUCGUGAAGCAGCGCCGGAGCAUCAUCUCUCCCAACUUCAGCUUCAUGGGGCAGCUGCUGCAGUUCGAGUCCCAGGUGCUGGCCACGUCCUGUGCCGCGGAGGCCGCCAGCCCUUCCGGGCCCCUGCGGGAGCGGGGCAAGACCACCCCGACCCCAACCUCACAGUUCGUCUUCAGCUUCCCAGUGUCCGUGGGCGUGCACUCGGCCCCCAGCAGCCUGCCCUACCUGCACAGCCCCAUCACCACUUCCCCCAGCUGUUAGAGCAGCCGUGGGCCCGGGACGCACGGUCAGCGCUGGACAGGGGUGGGGGGGCCGCACACACGUGGGCAGGCAGCCGGGAGGGGCUGACCCUCUGGGGCCAGGUGACCCAGCUCCGUCCCCAUCCGUGUCGCCUUGGCAACCAAGCCCGGGGCCAGCUAGAAUGGCAAUAAGGACUCAAACCACGUCACACGCAAACACACAGAACACUCCCAACUUAGAGCAAUAACGGCUGCGCGAGCGGCCAGGGAAGACCUUGGUUUGGUUUAUGUGUCGGUUUUACUUUUCAGGUAGAAAUUUCUUACCUCAUUUUUUUAAGCAGUAAGGCUUGAAGUGAUGAAGCCCACAGACCCUGGCAAAUGUGCCCAACCAGCUUCCUUGGGGGUGGGGUGGGGGACAGGAAGAAAACGAGUUUGCCAGAAGUGCCUGGUUCUGUCUGCUUGUCCUCUUGUUAUUGUUGUAGUCACAGGAGCUUUCUUUUUCAAAAGAGACUUGGGAUAUGGUUUUUCUAAUUAUUCACCAACAGGUGGGUAAUUAUGCUUAAUAAUAAAAAUAUUUAUUAUGAGUUUCCUCAGAGUAUGUCAUACAAGGAGUCUAGUGGCAGUGAAUUUGGAAUAUAUUUCUGUUGACGUCCACAGCGGAGCACGAGCAUGCCAGUCCCCGACAGCAGGGAGUGGUGUGGAGUAGGACUGCAUGGUGGUCACUCUGUCGCCACUAAGAAGCAGGCAGGUUGGGAAGGGAGGGGAAAGAGAGCAGAGGACUACUUUGUAGUUACUUUUGGAGCUGGUUCCUGGCACAUGGACCGUAACCAUACAACCUUUUCUCUCCAAUAAUCCAUUUGAUGGUUGGAGCAUUUUUUUUUUUUCCCUACAGGCCCGCCUAGGCCCUGUAUGUGGUCUGUGAUAAAUGCCAUAUUACAUAUAAGGUGCUCCUGGAAAAUUGGGUGCACUUCCGAUUUUGCUUUAGUGAAAUCAUUUGGCAAGGCCAUAGGGGAAACCAGAUCUCUAGCAAUACCUGAAUGCUUUCUUUUGCAUAAAUCAGAGUUUUUAAUUUAAGGGGGAUUUAUUUGAAAUGAAGUAUACCAAUAAAUUCUUACAGUAUUAAAGUCCAGUUAAAUGAGUUUUUAAAAGGCCUUUCAUCUUGUGAAUAAAAAGUGGAGUGGAUGCCACGUUUUAGGUCUCCUUGAAGUUUAGAAGUAUGAGAGGCCCCCUUGAAAGUGGGGUAGGGCAGAAACUGCCCAAGGCUGGCUGCUGGCUCCUUGACGUGCAUCGUGGGUACUUGGGAGCCAUUUUGGAUCCUUCGUUGAGCUGAUGUCAUUUUAAGGGGCCUUUCCAAGCGGAGGAAUGGCUCUAGAGGAAAAAGGACAUUUUUCUGUGGGGAGGGGUGGGGGGAGGGCAGAGGGAAGAAGCUUCGUGUUACUUCAUUUGUAGUAUUGUGGAACAGUGUUGUUACAGAUUAGAGGUCAUUGCAGACUUGUCUAGAAAUGAGCAUUUUUAAAGCCCUUUGAGAGUAGCUCUCAGUGAACAUUCUUGCCCGCCUGUUAGUAAUGUCAGUUCUCAGUGUCGCAGUAGGGGGGAUGCUCUUUCUCACUCGGUGUUGCAGACAGGCCCAGGUUCAUUGCAUUUUCCCUCUGUGAACUUGCUUGUGUCAAGCCUGCCUCUGGAAAGGCCAGCGUUGCCACUUCCUGGUUGUAUAAAACUCAGAAGUGCCCUGUGUCUCUCUGGGAGCUGUGUGGCUGAAGAGUUGAUAGGCACGGAGGGGGUGAGGUUCCCAGGUAGCAGACUCCUUUGGAGACCAUACAGCUGGACAUUUCCACUUCUGCCUUGGUUCCUGAAGUCACCUCAUGUCUGGUGAAAAUGAAGUCAAGUGAGUUCUGCACUGUGAAAGGCACCGAUGCCAAGAAUAGGUAGAGAGGGCGCAGGGGCUGCAGCGGGGAGGGGCAGAUGACCCCCAGAAGAUUCACUUUUUAUACAAGGAGUGGACAUUUCCCAAAUCCGUCCUGCUUUUUUAGACUGGAUCCCAACUACAUAGAUUGUAGGAACUCAGGAUUAGCUCCCAGUGUGUCUCUCUGCUUCCCAUUCAAGCCUAUCACAAUGUCAAACAGCUAUUUAUAAAUCGUUUUCUUUGUACUUGAUAACAGCAUGACUCUUAGAAAUAAAAUAGGACAUUGGCUUGAUUGAACAAGGGAACUGUCUCUAUUGUUGAUUGCCCACCAGAAGUCUCUUUGAUGACUUGGAACAACUCUUAUGAAGAUCCUGCCACAGGGUCAGGCCAGACGGCCGGUGGGUUCCCAUAAGCAAUUUCUGGUGAUGGGGAAUUUGUAAAUAGUAGAAGCAUAGCCACAAUGAUUACCAGCUUUGCUGUUGGCCACAAAAGGCCGUAGGUUCAUUGGGUAUUUAUCAUAGAGUGUGAGAGUGCUGCCGAUUCCCUCCUGGGAUCUUGUCUUGACUUGGGUGUUUGUGAAAGAGUCAGAGGAAUGGACCAGACUUCCCCACAGAGCAGAAUUAGGCAGAAGCACUGGUGAGCAGGUGGCCGGCAGUUCCCAGCUUCCUUCCUGCGGCCCUGGAGCUGGGAUGCUCCGUUUUCAACAAAACUAGGAAGCCCUGAGAAGACAUGGUAAAUCAGGUCCAUCUUGGCUGUCCAUUACAGUCACCUGAGGAACUUUCAAAUUGCUGAUCCCUGGGCUGUUUUUGACCAAGUAAAAGCAGAAUUCCUGGGGAGCUGCCCACUUUGAGAGACUGCCCUUCCUUUUGGGUGGCGAGGUACUGCCGGGGGCCAGGUCUCACUGAAGCCACAGCCGGGCAUGUGGCCCUGGCUCUGGGAUCUCUGCCAUCCCAGCCAAAUUAAGGGAUGAGCUGUUUUCUCCAGGGAGCUACUGAACGGGGCACCUCUUCGUGCUCCGAAAGCCAGCUGGUCUGUGGAGCAUGGUUAGCAGACUUGUAUUGAAGUUUUUCCUUGCAAUUUUCUCAUCUAUCACGAGAAGUGGAGUCUGCUCUGAAGUUGUCCUCCAGAGUGCCCUACUGUCCUUAAAGUUUGAGUUAUUCAAGAAGAGACUUCAAAAGGACAGCAACGCAAUACUUGUAAAUAACCCCAUCUUGUAGAGCAGGUCAUUUCUACAUUUUUUACACUUGUAUUUCUGUAGAUGUAUAUAGUUUAGGGGAUUUUCUGUGUAUUUGUUUGUUUUUUUGUUUUUUUUUUUUUUUUUAGAAAAGCCAAGAUGUCUGUUUUUAUUUAUUGCUUGAGAAAGAUCAUUUGAAGAAAAAUAAAUACAUUUUCAACCA